GGCAUUUUCCUUGAACAAAAGCAACAUUAACAUGGCAUGAGGGAUCAGUUUUAUAGAGGUACUUUAUAGGCCGUUAAUUCCCGAUGGAAUAUACUACAACAAUGCCAUACUGUGUUUUAUGAAAGAAUUAUUGCUCUGUUUUUAAGUACAACGUGACAACAGUGAAUAAAACAUGAAUUAAUUUAUUUAAAAAAAAAUAAGUGAACAUGGAUGUUUUGUGAUAUCAUUCAAAGUUUAAAAUGACACCAAAGGUCAUGUCCAAAAUUGUAUUUCGGAUACUUUCCGUCAUUUGCUUAUAUAUUCUUCACGUGAGUUCAACGGAGCUUUGGGAGGAAUGGUGGGGUUACAAUGGCGUCUCGGGACCUGAAUUCUGGGGAACGCAUAACAAAAACUGGUCUUUGUGCGGAACAGGAAAAUUCCAAUCUCCUAUUGAUAUUGACCCUGGCAGACUGAUUUUUGACCCAAACCUCACAGCAUUGAAAUAUGAUAGGAUCGAGAUCAAUGGUUUAUUGGUGAACACAGGGAACGAUCUGACAUUUGAAAUUACAGAUACCAUAAACAGUUCAUCAUUUCUUUUCACCGGAGGGCCUCUAUCCUACACUUACAGACUGAACCACAUAAAAAUUCAUUUUGGAUCGUAUGAUGAAAUUGGUUCUGAACAUACAAUCUCUGGCAAGCAAUUUCCUGUUGAGUUUCAGAUAAUAGGAUACAAUGUAGAUUUGUACAGAAAUUUUAACGAGGCUUCAAUGGCAACGCACGGAUUAGCUGUAAUUACAGUGCUCGGAACCAUUGAUGAUAUGACCAAUUUUGAAUUUGAUAAAAUUUUAACCGCUGCUAAACACGUCCGAUACAGAGGUCUAAAAUAUGCCAUUAAUGGUUUUGCCAUCACGGAUAUUAUACCGCCAUCAGGACUAUACAUAACAUACGAAGGUUCCCUUACUCAACCUAGUUGCCAGGAAACAGUUACAUGGAUAAUAAUCAACAAACCUUUAAGAAUCACAAAACAUCAGAUAGCUGCAUUACGUGAUUUAAAUCGUUGGAGUCAAAAUCAACCAGACAAAGGACCAUUGGUUUCCAAUAACUUUAGGCCACCGCAGUCUUUGAAUCGGCGGCCAGUUCGAACAAAUAUUAGCCCAUAUGUUGAGAGUGAAGAAUGUGCAAUUAAGAUAACAAAAUCAUAUAAAGUCAACAGACGUUUGAUCGGGUUAUGACAAAGUAGAAAUUUAGUCAAGUGCCUCCGUGUGUGCUGCUUUUACAUACCAUGUCAUAGGAUCUUCGUAUGGUGCUUAGUGAGUUUUCAAAUUAGUUAAACUGCUGUGUAUACAAACAUGUUGAUCAGUAUUAUAGGCAUGUGUGUGGGAUGUGGAAAGACGAAUUUUAUUCAAGCGAACGCGUGUGAUAUAGUGCCAUACAUUAGUUGAAUAUGUUACACAUUAAAUUGUACCUUUAUCUCAGCAAAUGUAAUUAGGUCUAUAGUAGAGAGGGAACAAAGUGUAGAAGGUAUACUGUUAGUGCUAUGCAAUGUGAAAUAAUGCGCUUUGAUUGUGCACAUAGAUACAUGAGUCUUCUUAACUGAGGAGCGUAUGCAGCUUCAUGUUAUAUUAAUUAAUUAAUUAGUAUUAAUUAAUGCAGCUGAAUAGAACAAGCAUACUGUGAAACGAGACAUACAAAACAGCCCAUCAAAUAACAGACGAAGAAAAAGAGCGUUAACAACGCCAUAGAGAGCCGUUAGCAAAAUAUAGCAUUCUGAUGCUAUGUUACAAAACUGAACUUCUAACUAAAUGUGUAUAUAAAAAAAAUAAUAGAAAACAGAAAACAGUGAUCAAAGAUGUGAUUCAUUUAAAGAUAUGUCAGGAGUGCUGUUAUUUUAAAUUAUAACGUUAAUAUCUUUUUUAGUAAUUGCGAUAAAUUGCAAAACAUUUUCUUUUCCUGGGUGUUACUUAGAAAACUUCAAACGUUUUAAUUUAUUGAAGUUGAAGAAAUAAUUUUGUUCGUGUUAUUGUUGACGUUAACUGUCUGAAAAUUCAAAUUUAUCACGGAACAGAAGUAGUGUUUGUUUGCUUUGUUGUAUUGUUUCUGUUCAUUAUAAAUUGAAACAUGAUCGUUCUAUGCAUACCUAUCAUUUCAACUUCCUUUUCACAAUGACAGUGUUGAACAUAAUAAGCGGCCGUGCAAUUCAAUCGAACUACAGUCGAACAAAAUCAUAUAAGUGUAUAUAGGCAACAUUUAGUAAAGCUGUUGCAAACGAAUGUUGGUAUUACGAUCAAUAAAUAUCUUUUAAAUGAAUUCAUGCUAUAUGUAUCAAACUGCUCAAUCUUAAUUUGUACAAAGUCGCUAGUGUUUUGAUAAACUUCUGACAUUCACAUACUACCUUUGUUAUUUAAGCGUACGUUUCUUCGUUAUGGAUUAUGGAUUUAGACCAUUCUGUUGAAAAGAGUACAAGUAUAGCAAAUGUGUUCACCGAUUAGUCAAUUUUAAUAAUUACAGAGGUAUGUUAAUAUAACUAAGAAACAAGCUUAGAAAAUAAAAUUGAAGAGCGAGUUCCGCAUUGCUGCGAAUAAAGCAGAAAUUGAUACCUAUAUAUUUUUAUGAUGACACAAACAUGUCUUUUUUAUGUUUAUGGAUUGGUAAUUUAAAAGAUAUGCUGUCAACUAAUUGCAAUUGGUUGUGUGGUUUUAAUGGUCAAAGUAUGCACUUGCUGCCAAAUUGAAUGGUAUCAAGAAAUUGUGAUAUAAAUUACCAGAAUAGAAGCAUGCUCUUUGCGGUUAAUGUGUAUUGCCAUUUUACAUGUAACAUCUAGUUUUUCGCAAUUUCAUAGGGACUUCAAAUGCCGCUUUCAAACAAUCGUCAUUCUGUGUGACUUUGAAAUAUGUAACAAAUAAAAGUACAAA